GUCGCUGUAAAGUAAAGUGAUUUCAGUUGGCAAAAUGGCAACAAGUGUAAAAGGUGUGUUUCAUGAGGAUUUACGCGAUGCGAUUUUACGUAGCAAAGUACUCGUCGUCGGCGCCGGCGGUAUCGGCUGCGAGGUCCUCAAAAAUCUGGUUAUGUCCGGAUUUGCCGAUAUUGAAAUUAUUGAUUUGGACACGAUUGAUGUCAGCAAUUUAAACAGGCAGUUCUUGUUUCAAAAGAAACAUGUUGGAAAAUCAAAAGCUAGUAUAGCAUGUGAAACGGCAUUGACAUUUAAUCCAGAUGUCAAAGUGAUACACUAUCAUGACAGUAUUACAUCAUCAGAAUUUGGUUUAACAUUUUUCAAAAGAUUCACAGUGGUUUUAAAUGCUCUUGACAAUAGAGCAGCUAGGAAUCAUGUGAAUCGUAUGUGCUUGGCAGCAGAUGUACCAUUGAUUGAAUCUGGUACCGCAGGUUAUGAAGGUCAAGUUGAACUCAUUAAAAAAGGCAUGAGUCAAUGCUACGAAUGUACGCCUAAAGCUGCGCAAAAGACCUAUCCUGGCUGUACCAUCCGCAACACACCCAGCGAACCCAUCCAUUGCAUUGUUUGGGCUAAACAUCUUUUCAAUCAAUUAUUUGGAGAAGAAGAUCCUGAUCAAGAUGUUUCCCCAGAUACUGCAGAUCCUGAAGCGGCUGAUACGGCAGGGAAAGAAGCUUUGCAAGCGAAAUCUAACGAUAAAGGCAAUAUCGACAGGAUUUCCACACGAACUUGGGCUCAAUCCUGCGACUACGACCCAGAAAAAUUGUUCACAAAGCUCUUUCACGAUGACAUCAAGUAUCUGUUGAGCAUGGACAAUUUGUGGAAAAAGCGCCGAUCUCCAACGCCAUUAAAAUGGAGGGAACUGCCAGAUGGAGUGGCUGGAUGCAGCAAAGAGAUCAAUCAGCCUGGGCUGAAGGAUCAGCAACGAUGGAGCAUUUCCAAGUGCGGCUCAAUUUUUGCAGAAUCAAUUAAAACUUUGAACCAAAUAUUGAAGUCUUCUCAAGAAAAAUCACCAGGCAAUCAUUUAGUUUGGGAUAAAGAUGACCAACAUGCUAUGGAUUUCGUUGCUGCGUGUGCCAAUAUUCGUGCACACAUCUUUGGAAUUCCUCAGAAAAGCAGAUUUGAUAUCAAAUCAAUGGCUGGCAACAUAAUUCCAGCAAUCGCUACCACCAAUGCUAUCAUCGCGGGCAUGGUGGUCCUCCAUGCCUUCCGAGUUCUUGAGAACAAUCUGCGAGCCUGCAGAUCUGUCUAUUUACGCUUGAAGAUGAAUCACCGCAAUCAACUGCUGGUUCCAGAAAAGUCAGUGAAUCCGCCUAAUCCACAGUGUUAUGUUUGCGCACCUACUCCACAGGCUACACUGGCAGUUGACACUUCCAGCAUGACUAUUAAAGAACUAGAGGAGCUGGUGCUCAAGAAUAGACUCAACAUGAUCGCCCCUGAUGUAAUGAUCGAUGGGACUGGUGCAGUCGUCAUUAGCAGCGAGGAAGGCGAAACGGAAGGCAAUAACGACAAAAAAUUGGAGGAGCUAGGAAUCAAGAAUGGAACGAUUCUCAAGGUCGACGACUUCCAGCAGAAUUAUUCGUUGACCGUUUUUAUAGUUUACCGGGAGAAACCUGGUCCAAAAGACGAUAGUCCACAAUUUUUAAUAUUGGCGGAUAAGAACGCGCUUCAACCAAAGGAAAACGAAGAAGAGAAAACGGAGAAGUCUUCCAGCUCUAACGGACAAAACGUGAUAGAAACAUCGGAGGUAGCUAAGAAGCGCAAAAAUAAUACCGAAGCAGAAGUUGUAGCUAAGAAACGUAAGAUAGAAGUUGAUAAUGGUGAUAAUAAUGGCGAUGAUAGUGACGAUAUCUGCAUUAUCAGUAACGACGACAUACCUCAUGAUAAUUUGACCGAACCGAAUAAAUUAAUGUUGAGGAAACGAAAGCUUUCCGAUGAUGGUGAUUGCUUGAUAGUAUGUGAUGAUGAUAACGAUUAACUCUGAAAGUAACAAACGGAAAAAAGGAAAUAAGAUUCGUUGGAAAGAACGAAAGAACUAAAAACAUUUGAAGUUCAAUUUGAAACGAAAAAUAAAGAGAUAGGAAA